CACAGAUGUCAUAGAGGUGUCUGAAUUAUAAAGAGCAGAAAUGUUGCUGAAGAAGUGAAGACUGAAGAACUAGAUGUUUAUUUAAAGAUUCUUGCUGAUUUUGCUUCUGCUCAUCAAUGCAAGCUAAAGGGUGAUUUUGGACUUUGACUGAUUGCUAAAAACAACAAAAGGGGAAUUAUGGGUCGCUACCUCAACACCAACUCAUGUUCAAGUUGUGUGAACAAGACUUUGAGGUCAUACUGCAAAAUUAGGUACCUAAUGAGCCUUCUCAGAAAGUACCCUCGCCUCGCUAAAGCACCACUCUGUCUGGACCUGCAUGGAUAUUCACUACUGUCAACUCCUCAUCCUUCCAGAUUUACAAGAAAAGCUGCUUUUAAUGGUUUUAUUCACAGUGAUACAGACUCUAAAUCCUACCUCUUCCUCAGAGAUUUUACUAAAGGAGUGAACCAUCUCCAGGUUGUGCGUUUUUAUUCAUCCGCCAACAGGGAACCGUCCAAAGCUGGAGCUCCUAUUGGGAUCCUGGAGGAGUCUCAGAACAAUUUAAAUUUGGGUUCACUGGGAGAACGUCUCGGCCAAUCAUUUAAUCGACUGUCAAAGCACAUUAACUAUUACUUCAAAAGCAAGGACGCUGAACCUCUUGCAGGAAAUGCAGCCUUUGUUGUCACCGCUACAGAAUAUGUUGGGAGGUCACCUAGGCGAAGUCAAAGCCACUGGGCGACCAGAGAGCGCAAGAAAGCUGAGGGCAAAGACACAACCUUGAAAUGCAAAGAGGAACAAGAAGAGUCUAGAUCAAGUCCUCCAGUGCAGAGCUAUUCUAGCCUGCAGUUAUUUCAUAUUAGCUCUUUGGCAACAACGUUUGGUGAAAGCUACAGCUACGUAGCUCGUCACAUUAAUUCAGCCUUUUCUCGUGGUUUUGCCAGCGUUCAAACACAGGAAACUCCAGAUGCCUUAUCUUCCACCAGGGGAGCAAACAGGAGGCUGAAGAGAAGAAACGUACAAAACACCAGCAUCCUAAACUGUAGAGAAGCUGAAAUCUCUCAAGGGAAAUUGGGCGCAAAUGAAGCAGCAGUGGAACCGAACAAUACAUCCAGCAGCUGGGAGGAGGGCUACCUUCAAUUCGCAAGACAUAUCAAUAAAUACUUCGGUGCUAGGGUUGCUGACGAUCAGAAUAAGAAGGAACAACCUGUUGAAGAUAAUAGCACUCACAAAGAAUCACGCUCACAAGCUUCCUUGUCACAACAGAGGCAAGACGAACCAGUCACCCCUGAAACUGGAGGCCUUUUCCACAGCAGCCGGAACACCACCAACUUUGGGGAGAACUUUUUCCAAAUGGCCGGUCACAUCAAUCAGUAUUUCAAGGGUCAAAGUGAGUCAGAGGAAGACACUGAGAGAGAUUUCCUGUUAGAGAUGGACCCUGGAUCUGCUACCUCAGAGGGACUGAAGACUGUGUCAUUUAUGGACUGCCUUCGCCAUCCCACAAGUGCCAUCCCAGACUUGUUGGGUGCUUACCUAAACCCGACAGCUCACACCAAACCCAACUAUGCUAUAACUUCACCACAGAGGCUGUUGAACCAAAAGUUUUUCUUGAGUCAGAGACAGGCUGAGGAGAUGACUCGACGUCUGAUUGGCAGUUUGGCUCAGGCUUCGUCUCCUGAAGCUGUAACCACCUGUGUGGAGGCACUCAAUGAACACCUGAUCCGUUACCCAUCCUGCAAAGUUGUAAUGUGGCAGGAGAAAAGUGCAGUCACAUUGCUGAGAAAGCGGCGAACCUACAAAGAUUACCCAACGCUUCAGAGCGCCUUGAGAGAAACACUGGCACUGAUCGGAUAUCUGGAUCCAGUCAAAGGACGGGGAAUUAGAGUUCUCUCAAUUGAUGGUGGUGGCACAAGAGGUGUGGUUCCUCUGCAGGUUUUGAAGUUACUGGAAGAUGAGACCGGUAAGAAGAUCCACCAGCUGUUUGACUACAUCUGUGGAGUGAGCACAGGUGCUGUUCUGGCCUUCAUGCUGGGCCUGGCCCAUUUUUCUCUGGAGGAGUGUGCUGACAUGUACCGCCGAUUUGGCACUGAGGUUUUUCGGCAGAACCGGCUGGUUGGUACUGUGAAGAUGGGUUGGAGUCACUCUUAUUAUAACACAGAGACCUGGGAGACGAUACUGCAAGAAAAACUGGGACAUAGAGUACUAAUUAAAACAGCCAGAGAUGAGCUGAGUCCCAAGGUUUCAGCAGUCAGUGCAGUAGUAAACUGGGGAAACAGCCCAAAGGCCUUUGUCUUUCGCAACUACAACCACAAACCAGGAUCUCUGAGUCGCUACGCAGGCGCUUCAGGCUGCCAGAUGUGGCAGGCAGUACGAGCAUCAUCAGCUGCACCGGGAUAUUUUCAGGAGUUUACUCUACAAAGUGACAUUCACCAGGAUGGAGGAAUCAUCCUCAACAAUCCCUGUGCCUUAGCAGUUCACGAGAGUCGUCUCCUGUGGCCCAACCAGCCCUUCCAGUGUGUGCUGUCACUUGGCACUGGUCGCUAUGACAACGCUAAGAAAGGACCUGCAACCUCCACCAGCCUGAGAGCCAAAAUCAGCAACCUGAUCUGCAGCGCCACUGACACUGAAGGGGUCCACACCCUCCUGGAUGAUCUCCUCGCUCCAGACGUGUACUUCCGCUUCAACCCAAUGCUGAGCACCGAGGUGUCCCUGGACGAGAGCCGGCCUACUGCUUUGGACCAGCUGCAGAGAGACACCCAGAGCUACCUGGAGAGGAACAGGCCCAAACUGGCAAGACUGUGUUUGGUGCUGGGGGCGGAGAGGUCAGCUGUUAGCAGAACCAAGGACUGGAUCAGCGAGAGGGCCUGGGAGGUGAAGCAGAGAUGGGUUUGAGUUAAACAGAUGGACACAUGUACAGGUCAGGGCAAAAAGAAGAGAAACACCUUUAAGAUCAAGAUUUAGGUAACCAUGACCUGGAUGAAUGAGAACUUACACAGACACAUGGACUUAUGUUCAAAACUAUUGGAUGGAUUGGGAUGAAAUUUCAGUCCACGGAGGAUGCAGUCUCACUGAAUUCUGAGCUCCCUGAUCCUUCCCUCAGUGCUACCUCGAGGAUGACUAACUUGAUUCGGAGUUGUAUAUCUUGUCAACAGCUGAUCUGAUCUCCCUUUCUAUAAAUUCAUUCCCUGCUGAAGAUAAAUUAUUACUCUGAUAGUGAGCUGAUCAAAGUCCCUCCAAUCAGGGGCGUAGCUAGGGAUUUUGGGCCCCCAGAAAGAAUAUUACACAGGGGCCCCCUUAACCGGCAAGCAAACGUUGCAUAAUUUCCACAAAUAUCUUUGAAUUUUAAUGUAUUUUUGAACCAUAAUUUCCCCAUCUAUCAGUGAUAUUUUUACUAUGGUUAAAUUACUUUUACUUGCAUUAUUUUGCAGCGCAGGAGGAGCAGGGGCC